GGGCUCAUUUUAUCUCUCGUUGACGCUUAUCUGGGCAAAGUGUCUGACGCCACCCACCAGCGAUAAGCUCGGUAAAGAAUGCCACCGCGCUCUCGUGUGGGCGUAGGAUUCGUGCCCGAAGACACCGCCAUGCCGGAUCACGGACGAGGACGGGUGCACCGUUUUCGCGACCACGUCGUCGCCGGCGUCAACUGGCGACCGACGCGGUUCGUCGACGAGGGUCCCAGUUCACGUAUGUGCGGCCUCUGCCGCAUGGUCCCAAAACGGACAGUGCUGUGGCCGUGCGGUCACGCUCUGUGCCAAUCUUGCCACGCAGGCAGCCUCGAAGGGAGCUUCCAGCAGUGUCCAUUAUAUCAAGUGCAAUUCGAGGAAGCGGAAUGUGAGGGUUAUGAAUUCCCUACCAGAACAGCGAACACCGUUAAGGUACACUGCUGGAACGAAGCGCACGGCUGCGAGUACACGGGCACCAUGGACCGCAUGCUGGAACACUACGAGAACGAGUGCACAUUUCACAUCGUGGAAUGUUUUCGAUGCGGCGAGGGAGUCCAGUACAAAGACAUGCCAACGCACUACGCGGCCGGAUGCAGUGCCGGUGUUUCUGCCGCGAUCACAGAGUCCUCGGAGCAUACAGCACUGACCCUUGCAGCCGUGAACGCUGCUCUUGCAGCCGUGAACGCUGCUCUUGCAGACGUGAAGGCGACGUUGGGAUGCCUCAACCACGACCAGCUGCUGCCAGUGAUCCAGAGUCAGUUGAAUGAGCGCACAGAACAAGUCAGAAACCAGCAAACCAGAUUCGGUGAGAUUACUCGCGAGCUCGGAGCAUGCGAGCACAACUUAAAGGCCGAGAUGGCUCAAAUCACCGCCGCGACUUCUUCGCCCGUGUCGCACAAGCGGACGUCUCAGCAAAAUCCAUUGGAAGAAGCCAGCACGUCGAGGUCGCAGUCGUUCCACUCGGGACAGGAUCUGAUACUUGGAAAGUUGGAGCGUUUAGCGCACCUGGAAAACGGGGAGGAAACCUUCCCAAAGCCUGAUUUCGGCCGUGUCGUUGCUCGUUGGGAGACAUUGUAUGGUAGCUUUCGGCAUUUGAUGAGUGCGCUGUCAGCACUCACUUCAAUUAAACGAAUUGGGUGCAUGGAAUAUUGGCUGACCCUAGAAAACUGUGAGGAAAUCAUUGCGUGCCAUGGAAGGAAAAAAAAGUUUGCUGAGAUUAAGGUGUGGCACAUGAGGGACACGUACUUUACAAUUGAAGUUUGGAAGGACUGCGUUGCUCUUGAAUCUCACCUCCUUGUGCAGAUCGAGUUUAACGGGACGCUGGUGGACUCUAAGUGUUGGCCGCCUUUCUGGAGCGUGCACGCGGUGGAUCAAGAAGACGCAUUCAAUCAAAGUUCGUUGACUCCCGGUCGCAAGAAUUGUUUGUGCAAGCGCGAUGAUCCCUCAUUGCUGCACUUCCACCUCAAAUUUGCUACAAGCAUUGUCUCGCUGGAAAUUGACGGCUACCUCCGAGACGGAAAGAUGGCGUUUCAUAUCUUGCUCAGCAGUACAGAUCUGAACGGUGGGAUCAGAGGAGCACCCUAACGUUCGUCACCGCCGAAUGUGCACUGCACCGGAGAAUCCUCCUCGCCACUUCAGAAAAUGUGUCACAUGAGCUUAGCGAAUUUUUGAUCUCCUUUCUCCUAAAUAAAGUGAGCUCUGCGA